GUCACUUUUGUCGAAUGCUGAAAAUUUAAUUUACAGCGAAUAAAACCGAGACAGUAUCUUGCUUAGAAUUCUAUGCCAACGUAUCUCUGCGAAAUAUUAUCUCUCUCCCCAAAAGAGUUAUAGCGAAAUAGUAUAAAAGCCAAACUUACAUUUUUUCCCAAAUCACUCACUCGAAGAUUUUGACCAAGUGUGCAUCCAAAAAUAAACACAAGAACCAUGUCAGUGCCGGAGAAUCUAAAUAGGAAUUUCUUUGAAAAUGUUCUAAAGUGCGGUUUCAAAUUGAAAAAUUUUGAACUUAUCAGUUAUGAUAUGCAAUUAGCAUCAUCACCUGGUGACAAUUACUGCAGUACGAUUUAUCGUGUGGUGAUUAGUUACCGUGGUGAAAAUGGGAAAGAUGAUAAAGUUCAGUGCAUUGUAAAACACAUUGAAAACAGUGGAGCGAGUAAGGUUUUACUCGACAACAAUAAUGUUUAUAAAAAGGAAGUUGAGAUGCUUAAGAAUAUCAUGCCGAGAUUGUCAGAAUUAGCCGGAGGAACCGUUUUUGCGCCAAAACUCUACUACACAGUUGACCUGGAAGAUGCAAAAAUAGUAGCAAUGGAGGAUCUUGGAACUAACCAUAAGAUGGUUGAUCGGAAACUCCUCUUGGAUUUCGAUCAUUGUGAGAUCGUUCUGAAGAAACUUGGUCAACUUCAUGGAGCUUCCAUGGUUCUAGCUGAGGAAACUCCAUCAAAAAUGGAUCUCUUUACUUCUGGAUUAAUCACAGGUUCCGUGGAAAAUCCAGGACUUGCUCAAGCUGCCUUAAGUGGAAAUUUUCCAAUGCUCUGUGAAACGGUCAAAACCUGGCCAGGCUUUGAAAAAAUAUCAGAGAAAUUGGAAAAAUUGAAGCCUAGAAUUUGGACAAUGUUCUAUGAAUACGCCCAAAUGAAAAAUGAAAAAUAUCGAGUACUGAAUCACGGUGAUUUCUGGAUCAAUAAUUUCCUCUUCAAAUACGAUGAAAAAACCGGAAAACCCAUCCAUUGUAUUCCUAUUGAUCUUCAAUUCUCAUACUACACUUCGCCAGCUCAUGACCUUCAGUAUUUCUUAAACUCCAGUCCCAAACUCGAAGUCCGCGAGAAUUAUCGUGAAAAGCUAUUGCGCAUCUAUUAUGAAGCAUUCACAGAGACACUUGAAAAUGUAAAACACAAAAAUAUUCCAACAUUCGAUGAUCUAUUGGAAGAGAUGAGAAAACGAGAAAUCUAUGGUUUCUUCACAAUGGCCAAUGUACUUCCAGUCGUCCUCAUGGAACGUCAAUCUGACAAAGGAUCAGGACUCGAUGGACUGACCAAUGAGGAAUCAGCAAAAGACAUGAUCAAAAUUAUGUUUACAGGAAAAAGAUACACUGAAUCAUGCAAAAGAAGCUUAAAGUGGUUCGAUAGUGUAAAAUUUUUUGAUGUUUGAUUCGAACGAUUGAUACCCAGCUACCACCAAAUGGGCACUGUCAUUUCCAUUUAGUUAGCACUUUUUGUUCGAGAACUGCUGACCGGUCAGCAUAUUUUUGCUGACCAACCGAGUAAAAACAUGAUGAAACCGCUAGUUUUUUCAGCUAUCCGUGCUCGGUGGGUACUAACAAUUUUACAAAAUUGAUUUUAAAAAUUUAAACAUGAAAUUCAACUUUAAUUUUUUCUCAAAAUUUUUAUUGUUCUACUCAAACUAAUACUCAAAUUAAAUUAAAGAAUCCGAUUGUCAUGCCAUAUUCUGAAAUUGAUUGAUUACGAAUAAAGUUCGAUUUAAA